ACGAAACGAAAGAAAAUUAAGAACAAGAAGAAGUAGUAGAAGAAGAAGAAAAUCAUUUACUGUUUUUCUCCUUUCUUCCUUUUACCUCUCUUUCUCUUUCUCUUUGUCUGCCUGCCUACCUGUCUGCCUGUAGAUUACAUAAACUCAUCUCAUCCUAUUACAUUACAUUACAUUACCUUUAAACAUGGGAAUUCUCAGCGGCACUGUUCCACUUUCUCAAUUACGCAUCAAGGAUGAUGGUCUACCUUCAGACACAUCUAUAUCCCAAAAAAGUACUGAGGAUUCUGUCCUAAAAUAUUAUGCAGAAUAUGCUCCAAAUAACUUGGAAAAAAAAUCACUUCAAAGUGUUAAUCUCGAGAGAGCAGACCAUGUACCUUUUUUAAGAAAAGGGCUUGAUCAACUCAGCCAAUGGAUGGUUGGUCUGGAUGCCAGUAAACCUUGGAUUGUCUAUUGGAUUCUACAUUCGCUUGAUUUACUAGAAGAAAAACUGUCUUCGAGUACUAUUGAAAGAGCACUUUCUAGCUUUGCAAAAUGGCAAUCACCAACUGGUGGAUUUGGUGGUGGUUCUGAUCAACUUGCUCAUCUGGCUACCACAUAUGGCUCCAUUAAUGCAUUGGCUAUUAUUGGAACAAAAGAAGCAUACGACUUGAUUGACAGGGAAUCAUUGUACGGGUUCUUGCUUCGAAUGAAACAACCAGACGGUUCAUUCACUAUGCAUGAUGGUGGUGAAAUUGAUAUUCGUGGUUCUUACUGCGCAUUGGCUGUUGCGGCCCUGACAAAUCUAUUCACGCCCGAAAUUACAGAGAAUUGUAUUGAUUUUAUUUGCAGAUCUCAAAGUUAUGAGGGUGGCAUUGGGCCUUAUCCUGGAAAAGAAGCUCAUAAUGGUUACACAUUUUGUGGACUGGCAGCCAUGGAUCUCCUGGAUGGAAUGUCGAGUCUGAACAUGGACAAACUUAUUAAAUGGUGUAGUGGACGUCAAAUGGAAUUAGAAGGUGGAUUUCAAGGAAGAACCAACAAACUUGUCGAUGGCUGCUAUUCAUUCUGGGGAGCCGGGGACUUUCCUUUAUUGAGCAAGGCAUUGGAGCAUGGUGUAAAUGAUGAUAUUGACUAUCUAUUUGAUCGAGAGGCCUUGCAAGAAUACAUUCUGAUUUGUUGCCAAUCAGAAUAUGGAGGAUUGAUAGAUAAGCCUGGAAAGGGGGCUGAUUACUAUCAUACUUGUUACUGCCUUUCUGGUCUAUCUACCUGUCAACAUUCUGUACACUAUGACACCAAGGCUGCUGAACAAUUAAAGGCACGGGGAAUCGAUUCUUCAAGAGGUGGCAUUAGCUCUCUUUUAUGGGCUGCCUCAAAUGAAGCUACAGUAGUAGGAAACGUAGACAACCUAUUGGCUCCCACUCAUCCGGUACACAACAUAUCCAUGGGAAAGGCACGCGCUAUGGUGCACUAUUUUUACAAAAAUGAGCUAAAGCAAGUACUGGAUCUGUUGCCUAGAGACGAAGAGGCCUGGGAAGCAUAGAUAAGAAUAAGAAUCAUUUCUUUUUGCCCUUUUAUUUUUUUCUCUCUCUUCCUUCUAUAUAUAUAUAUAUAUAUAUAUUAUUUGUAUUCUUUCUUUAUAUAUUUUAUUUUAUUUUAAAAGAAGAAGAAGAACAACAACAACAACAAGGAAAUAGCCAUUGAUAAAUGACACGUGAAAUAUGAUAUAUUUCUCCCUUUUUCCCUUUCUCUCUCUUUUGUGUAUGUGUAUGUGUACACAAAUAUACAAAUAUACAUAUAUAAAUUGGAGUGUCAAAUGAGGCACUUGAAGCCAUUC